CGCAUCCUCCAUUUGACGCUGUGGUUAGCUCUUGGCUAACUGCUCAGCGUUCAAACCUGGUUCAAACACGCAUUAAUAGAUUUUAAAAAAGCGGGGUUUGCUUUAUAAGUGGAGAUGUUCUCUAAUCCGGACCUUCUGCGGUAGGGUAGUUAACGUAUCACCUAUCUAUGAAACACUUCGUCUCACCUGGAGAAACAAACUUAACGCAGCAUUAUCAAGUUAACUGAAGUUAGCAUUAGCUCCCAUGUUGGUCCCCAUGUCAGUGAAGGACUCCACACCGAGCCGGACCCAUCAGACCGGGGCCCCUCAGAACCCUCAGACCCGGACCCAGGAGCAGCAGAGAGCCCACGCCAAAAGACUCACCUGGUUCCUGUCUCAGUACUCCCACCUGUCCGACUCCUUUAUUAUCGAGUUUUUCACUGAAGAUCUGUGGCACACCUUACCUGAGUCGUGGCAGUCGGCGCUGAACCACCUGUCCUAUCGGCAGACUGCAGAGCUGCUACUGGAUGCUGCUCAUGGAGAGGAGAGGAGAUAUCCACUUGUGUGGCCUUUGUCUCUCUUGGCGUUUCGGGCCUCAGCUCACGCUCUGGCAUUUCCCAGAGAGUGCAAAAAGCAGCAAGGCAGGGCGAGUAACUCGCCGAAACCCGACGAGUUUCUGGAAAAUCAAAGUCAGAGCUCGCUGCUGGGACAUGCUUUCAGGAAACACGUCAAACCCAAGAAACAGCACGAGAUCCGCCAGCUAGGCACGCGGGUGAAGCAGCUUUGUGAGCAGACUGGCUGCAGCAGAGUCGUGGACGUGGGCUCUGGACAGGGUCAUCUGUCUCGCUUCCUGUCCUUCGGGCUUGGAUUGUCUGUGACGGCGAUUGAAGCUGAUCGAACCUUGGUUACCAUGGCGACAAAGUUUGAUGGACAGUUACUGUUGGCCUUAGAGAAGGAAUGCCAGAAAAAGAAAUGUUCCUCUCUUGUCCCAGCAUCACAGUCGCCUCCUCGCCAUGUGGCAGGUUGGGUAAACCCCAAGGCAUCAUGGAAGGACUUCAUGAAGCAGCUGAGUACUGCAGAGUGUGUCAAAGACCAUCCUCAAAUACCAUCUGGACCCAGCAAGAAGAGACUACGGGGCUCUGAGCAAGAUGAAUAUUCUGAUGAGGUCCAGACUCUGUCAUACCCGGGAUCCACAAGAUCUGAAUCUUACUCUCUGGACUUUGAUAUGACGUCACAAAACGAGUGUGAAGACAGCUCCUGCUGCAUGCAUAUGCAGACACUCUGUCAGGAGGGUGAACAUCCUGACUCAAACCAACUUAGGGGAUAUCCAGACUUUGUCCUGACUGGUCUUCACGCCUGCGGUGACCUCAGUGCAACCCUCCUUCGCCACUUUGUAAACUGCCCUCAUGUACACGGCAUCACCUCUGUGGCGUGUUGCUACAUGAAAAUCACAACCAAAGAAAACCCCACUCCACCAGGACUUGUGGAACAGCCAGCUUUGCUGACACCAAGCCUGGACUCCCCUUCCUCAGAGUUCGGUUAUCCCAUGAGCUCGUGGGUGCGAGGGCUGCCGGGUCAUCGACUGUCCUAUAAGGCACGGGAGGGGGCAUGUCACGCUAUCGAUGACUACAUACAAAGACUUCGGGAGGAAAGCGAGCUGCUGAGGACGCACUGUUAUCGGGCCGCACUGGAGGCCUUCAUCAGGGUUAAAAUGCCGGAUCUGCGCAGGGCGGGUAUCCAGACAAUUAAGAAAGCACACCUAUUACCGUUUACAGAGUACGCUCGUCUGGGCUUUGCUCGUGUUGGCCUGCCUCCUGGGUUGCCUUUGGACCCGGAGCGGGUGGAGGCCAUGUUGAAGCAGCAGGGGCGGGUGGUGGUGUACUUCAGUCUGGUCCUGCUGCUGGCUCCUGUGGUGGAGACGCUGGUCCUGCUGGACAGGAUGAUCUACCUGCAGGAGAACGGCCUGGACAGUCAGCUGGUUCCUCUCUUUGACCCAAACUUAUCUCCAAGAAACUUUGUGCUGGUGGCUCUGAAGACUCGAGGAUGUCCAAUUACGGCAACUACCAAAGUCUAGCUCUGUUUUUUUUAUUAACAAAACAAGGAAGUCUUAAUGUUAAUUCUUUGUAUUUGCCUUCUGUUUUUAGUAAUAUUAAUAAAAAAGGAAGGUUCUUCUUGUUGGAUGUAAA